CACACACCGCUCCUGUCUGUCUCCGUGUGUCUCUACCGCUGUUGCCCUUGCGCUCCCUCCCCGGCAUCCCUUCACCUUCCUCCGCCGCCUCCUCGCGCCAUGGCUCGGGAGAACGGAGAUAUCGGUAGAGGGGAGACGUGGAAGAAACAAGUCGACGAUAUAAAGAAGAUAUUUGAUUUUAAAGAAGUCCUGGGCACAGGGGCCUUCUCUGAGGUGGUGUUGGCACAGGAGAAGCUGACCGGGCGGAUGUUUGCGGUGAAGUGCAUCCCCAAAAAAGCUCUGAAAGGAAAGGAGAGCAGCAUCGAGAAUGAAAUAGCUGUUCUGAGGAAAAUUAAGCAUGAAAAUAUUGUGGCGUUAGAGGACAUCUAUGAGAGUCCUGACCACCUCUAUCUCAUCAUGCAGCUUGUGUCCGGAGGUGAGCUCUUCGACCGAAUUGUGGAGAAAGGGUUUUACACAGAGAAAGAUGCCAGUACACUGAUCAGACAAGUACUGGACGCUGUCAACUACCUGCACAGAAUGGGAAUAGUCCACAGAGACCUUAAGCCAGAGAACCUGCUGUAUUUUAACCCUCAGGACGAGUCUAAGAUCAUGAUCAGUGACUUUGGUCUGUCCAAGAUGGAGGGCAGCGGAGACGUCAUGUCCACCGCCUGUGGUACGCCCGGUUAUGUGGCUCCAGAGGUGCUGGCUCAGAAACCCUACAGUAAAGCUGUGGACUGCUGGUCCAUCGGAGUCAUAGCAUACAUCCUGUUGUGUGGUUACCCUCCGUUCUACGAUGAAAACGACUCCAAACUGUUUGAGCAGAUUUUGAAGGCGGAUUAUGAGUUUGAUGCUCCGUACUGGGAUGACAUUUCCGACUCAGCCAAGGACUUCAUCGGCAGACUCAUGGAGAAGGACCCGUCCAAGCGGUACACGUGUGAACAGGCCCUCAGACAUCCCUGGAUUGCUGGAGACACGGCGCUUUGUAAGAACAUCCACGAGUCCGUGAGCCGGCAGAUGAGAAAGAACUUCGCCAAGAGCAAGUGGAGGCAAGCCUUUAAUGCCACAGCCGUAGUGAGACACAUGAGAAGACUACAGUUGGGCAGCAGUAUGAACAGCAACACAGUCUCUGCAAACAGACAGAACCAGGUCCAAAAAACAGUCCCAAACCAAGUCCAGAUCCCGGGAACAUCUGGGCCAAACCAGACCAGUACCACCGCAGUCACCGUGACAACAGCAGCAGCUACUGGGAGUAAGGGCGCUGUCACAGAAAACAACAACACGACUCCUCGCAAAGAAUGUGUUCCAACCCCAGCCACUCCCUGCAGCCUGGCCUCCACAGCCGCUUCCUCCUCGACUGGGACAGAGCUGAGCCGGCCCCUUCCCUCCACGGUCCCUGCACCUGUCCUGCAAGAAACCAAGUGACGCCAAGUCCCGCGGGGGACCAGCUGGGAGGCCACUGCGCUGUAGACCUGCAGGCAUCCACACAUGAACCCGAAGAAACAGAGGAGAUCUUAGGAAAUGUCUCCUCUGGAUACUGAGCCUCCAACUUGUUCCCCGCCCUGCUCCUCAAAGGGCAGAGGACUGGACAUUUUCCCCAAAAAAACAGGCACUCAAAACUGUAUGGAGGAGAGUUAAGCGGUGCACUCCAGUUUGGUGUGACUGUUUACAUUGUUCAGAUAGUGCAGUAGAAAGUAAAAGCGAUAUGACAUUGAUAAGACAUUUCUAAAUGGUCAACAAAAAUAUAAAAAUUGUUUAUUAAGAUUACAACAUUUCUUGUAAAUGAUAAAUGAUAGUGGUACUUCACUUUUACAUUUUUAUAGUUUACUAGUAGUACCAUGUAUACUACUUUUAAUGCUCGCUUUAGGCUAUUUACCAAAAUUAUUGCCACAGUCACUUGGAUUGGAAAAAUGUUUUGCUAAAUUUACAAUAUAAUAAAAUUGUGCGAAUGCAUAGUUUGGCAAUUCAAUCAGGUAAUUGUGUAAAAUAUUGCAUCACAAAGAAGCACAGGUCCAAAGUUCAUUGACAGGUUUUUGCAAUUCUCUUUGGUAAACAAUGGGUAAGGGAUAUAUAAACAACUUAAUAUCCAUAAUUAUCCAAUGCUUAAAUUCUGGCACACCUUCCAAACCUCCUCAGAAAUCACUCCUCAGCCUCCCUGGUGAGGUCUAAUCCAGGGUACUGGAGAGAAGAAUCCGACCGAUAGUCGCACCUCAGAUUCAGGAGGAGCAGUGUGGUUUUCAUCCUGGUCACAGAACACUGGACCAGCUCUAUACUCUCCAUCGGGUGCUUGAGGGUUCAUGGGCAUUUGCCCAACCAGUCCAUAUGUGCUUUGUGGAUCUGGAGUAGGCAUUUGACUAUGUCCUUCCUGGUAUCCUGUGGGGGGAUAUGGGGUCCUGGGCCCUUUGCUAAAGGCUCUUCGGUCCCUGUAUGACCGGAGCAGGAGCUUUGUUCAGAUUGCCAGCACUAAGUCAGACCUGUUACCAGUGCAUGUUGGACUCCGCUAGGGCUGCCCUUUGUCACCGGUUCAAAAUUUCUAGAUGCAGCCAGGUGCCGGAGGGGUUCUGCUUCGGGAACCACAGGAUCUCGUCUCUGCUGUUUGCAGAUGAUGUUGUCUUGAUGACUUCAUUGAACCAGAACCUGCAACAUGGUCUGGGGCAGUUUGCAGCUUAGUGUGAAGCAGCUGGGAUGAAAAUCAGCUGCUCCAAAUUCCCGGCCAUGGUUCUCGACUGGAAAAUGGUAACUUGCCCUCUCCGGGUGGGUGGAGAAUCCCUGCCUGAGUAUCUCGAGGUCACAAGUGAGGGAUGAAGCGUGAGAAUGUCGGGUGGAUCGGUGCAACGUCUGCAGUGAUGUGGUCACUGUAUUGGACUGUUGUGGUAAAGAAGGAGUCGAAAGGCAAAGCUCUGAAUUUAUCAGUCAAUCUACGUUCCUACCCUCACCUAUGGUAAUGAGCUUUGGGUAAUGACCGAAAGGACAAGAUCGAGGAUACAAGUGGUUGAAAUGAGCUUCCUCCGCAGGGUGGGUGGGUGCUCCCUUAGAGAUAGGAUGAGGAGCUCAGUCACACAGGAGGAACUCGGAGUAGAACCGCUGCUCCUUCAUGUCGAGAGAAGCUAGCUGAGGUGGCUUGGGCAUCUGUUCCAGAUGAUGUUCCGGGCACAUCCCACUGGGAGGAGGCCUCGGGGAAGACCCAGGACACGCUGGAAGGACUAUGUCUCUAGGCUGGCCUGGGAACGUCUCGGGAUAUCCCCGGAAGAGCUGGAGGAGGUGUGUGUGGAAAGGAAAGUUUGGGCUACCCUGCUCAGACUGCUGCCUCCGUGACCUGGCCCCUGAUGAAGUGGAAGAAAAUGGUUGGGUGGAUAUCCAAUGCUUUAUCUUCAGUAACAAUCUCAGCAUAAUAACAUUCAGAAACCAAUCAAACCAAACUGCACUGUACUACUUGAUAUACACCCAGCUCUCCUCCAUUACAGUGCCCCCUUCAGUUGCAGAGUCGUUGUCGCCCUGCAGAGGCUCUGGGACCUGCUGUCUUUAUGAUAAAUGACUCUGAGCCACGCUGAGGUGAAGGACUAAUCGCUGGCUUGAGACUGGGCUAAUGCUUCGAUAUUAUUCAAUGUCAACUUCCCUUUUCAAUCUUCAGUCUUUCCUGCAACACCUUUUUUAUUAAAUACUUAAGACUGUUGAUAACUGGGUUCAUUUUUAAUGUCAGUUUGAAGGUGUUAUGUGUUUGACAUAGUGGUACAUUGAAACUGCCUUCUCAGUGCAAGUUUUGUUGCUUCUUUAAGAUUUUUGGUCCAUGUGGGCACCCAUAUAGUCUAUACAAAUCUCAGCAUUUUUAGUGUAGAUGUGCCAUGUUAUGGGUUACACAUGACACCUGUUUUUCUUAUUUAUGUGUUGUUUAAUAUUGGCUUAUUUUAUCUUUGUUUCUGCUUUAAAAAAGUGCUUUAAAGGUACCACAUGACUGUUGAUGUGUUGCUGUUUUGGAAAUGUGGUAUUUACAUGGAGUUUAGAUUGAUUCAGGGAGAGAAUUCAGUGUGAUCCUUUUUUACAAAUCAGGACUUCUGCUCAAUAUGUUUGGAAAAGACGUCAUCGAAGAAUUUCAGUAUAAAGAUAUUUUGGCAGAAUUUAACCUUAAAACCAUAAAAGGUUAACUACACAAAACAAUGCAAUUACUGUGCGUUAGAACACAUUUAUAGAGGAAAAGGAUUGUCAAAUGUAUAAAUGUUAAGUAUGUUCUGAAUUUAAAAUGGAUCCAGAUCAUACAGAGGAGAUACAGUCUAGUCUUUAUCUAUAUACACUAAUCAUGCCCACUCAUCCCCUCGGAUUGCUGCUGAACUCCAUGUGAAUACAGCAUUAUUGUUUUAUCUAUUUUGCACAGAAGCUCAGACAACCUGUAUACACUUAUCACACACAUUUAAGAUUGUAAAAAUUAAAUGGUGGAUGUCAAGUGUAUUGUACAGCUUAUAAAUGAAACUGUAUGAGUAUGUCAAAUAUUUUUACCUAUUACUAUAUUAGAUGCAGAAUUAAAAGCACACUAUGUAAUCUUUCCAGAUGGGAGGCCCACCACUUACUUGGCUCCAUGGAGAUGCUGUUGCUCUGCUUGGAAUGUUCCACAGUAUGGCAUUAAACUUAUCUAUAUUGGAUUUAUUCAGUUGUCCACAAAUCUUACCUGUAACUUGGCCUGUUAAUAUCACCUUUUUUCACCAUGGAUAUAGAGAUGUGUAAUUCCAUACUGUGAAACAUUACAGGCAAAAUAAUUACAUCUUCAUGGAGACAAGCAGAUAGCGGUUCCUCCACUAGAAAAGUUUCGUAGUGCACCCCUAAGAACAUAACUGGGAACUAGUGUGCAUAUUUACUUUAACUGCCUACUACUGAGAAUGUUGACUUCCCAUAGCAGUACAAUGCAAUCCAACUUGGCUCCAGACAGAAAAGCAUUGUAGAUGUGUAGUUAUCAGAUUACUGGAGUCAAAUGUAAGCCAUGAGUUCUCUCUUUUCGCACUUAUUCCGCUGCGCGCCGUUCAGAAGUGCUCAGGGAAACUGCAGCCCCACUGUGUGCUGGCUAGUACUGGCUUUCAGUUACAGGUACAUUAUAUGAUUGUAAUCUUAUGUUGUCAGUAUUGCCAAAUGUACAGGCUUUACAGUCUACUGUCCAGGGCUAAAAUUGCAAACCAACUGUUUGUUUUUUUUUUCCUAAUAAUCAAUGCACCUUUUCAAAUCAUUAUUCAUCUGGAGCUUUUGGAUGGGCAAGAUUGUUUUAUAUGUAUAGUUCACUGAUAAGCAUCAAAAGUAAGGGUAUACUUUUUUUUCUCCUUGUAUCCUGUAAUCUUUUACUGCAUUUGAUCCACCCUUUAAUCCCACUGGAGUGGUCAGGAACAGUCAGUCCUGGUCAGCCAUGGAAAAAAGAUAAAUCCAGAUUAAGUCCACCCUGUACCAUACAAUUCAGUCCAAAUAUGUACUAAGUUGGCUCAUUUGCUUAUGUUUUACUUGGUUGACAGUGUUUUUUCCAGCUUUUGACUCAAAACCACAAUAGAUUAGGUUAACAAACAUAUUUCCUGAAAUCUUUAAAAGCCAUUAUGCUUUUAUGUGCAUAGGUAGCUUAAUACUAGUGUAAAACACAACCUUGUAAGUAUUUUAAAAUUAUUCUAGGUGGAAAUCUAAUCUUAUUUUCAGUUGUGUUGGUACAGGUCUGGCUGCUCAUUUACAUAUCAGAUUGUUAUGUCUGUAUUGAUGCAAAUCUGCCGAUCCCUUUAUCGUGAAGUGUAGCCAAAGACUAGAUACAAGUCUGUUGGUCUCACAGAUGGGUAGCCACUAUGUAUGUCUUGAUUGAUGUUUAAUGCUGGAAAUAUUGUCUAUAUUGUCUGUUUUUAAGCUUAUGUCCACAUUGAUAUACAUUUUUAUUGUAGUAAAUAUGUUCCUCGCCUUUUGUUUGCUCAUGAAUUAGAAAAUGCUAAAAAUCUGUUGUGAGCCUAACCUAUUACAGGUCUUACCCAGAUAAUCAUUUGUUCUAAUUCACCCACUUAGAGUGGAGUACCACUCUAAGCUCUACUCUACCACUUGGAGUACCAGGAAGCACAUAUGAAUACCAGGCAAAUCUAAGCUUAUUUAUUGUUUGGUUGAUUACCAUAUUUAUUGUUAUUAUUACAUUAUACUUAUACUAAUAAAAAGUGGAUCCAUGUGGACAUAUUUUGGAGUUA